CAAUCAACAACACUAGCCAGUAACCACUAGGGUUCAUCUCUCUCUCUCUCUCUCUCUCGAGGCUCAUUUCACAUAGAGUUUUGAAAAUGGAAAUUAUUGGAUCUCAGAGAAGACCUGUCCACAUCGACGUCGUUCCCACUCUCCCUCUCUACCGCUCCGCUCCGCCGCUCGAAGUCAGACUCGAAGAUUUCGAGCUUUACGCCAUGGAUCGCCUCCGAGUUCUUAAAGGGAUUGCUGAUGGUUUAUCCCGUGGAAAGAAAUCAGAAGAAAUGAAAAAUUUGGCAGAUCAUCUAUGGAAAGCAAAUAUGAGGCAUCCAGACGCAUCUGAGGUUUUCAACAAGGAUAUAAUAUCCCACUUUGUUCUUCGUCUCGUUUAUUGCAGGACGGAGGACUUGAGGAAAUGGUUUCUUUCCAUGGAGACUAACCUAUUUCGUUACCGGCUUCUGUUUGAAAAACCUGAAGCUCAGAGAGCACUCAUGGCAGAAUUCAAUCUUCCUUACAGAGCAGCCAGCAAUGCAGAAUUAGAGAGUGUGAGGGAAGGCUUAAAGCAAGUUGCUCAAUCCUUUGGUCAGCCGUUAGCUGCUGAUGCGAUAUUCUACAAGGUACCGUUUGAAGAAGUUCCAGAACUUGUAGCUGGUCGAAGAGUAUUUAUCCAUAAAGGGUAUGCAUACAUCGCCAUGAAUCAGGUGGUUUCCCUUGUUGCCACACAAUUCCGUAGUCAUCUGUCAAAGGCACUCAUUCUGACAAACAGAAAGUGGACAUCUACAAUUAGAGAACAAGAGAAGGAUAGGUUGACUCCUAUUGUAGAAGCCCUAUGCUCAAGCUACUUGGGACCUGACUAUUCUCAGCCAAGGGAAUUUGCUGAGAUAUCAAUAAAGGACAUUGACCAAAUAGCCAAGAGUUCAUUUCCUUUGUGCAUGCGCCACCUUUUUGAAAAGCUGAGAGAGGAUCAUCAUCUAAAGCAUGGAGGGAGGAUGCAGUUAGGUCUCUUUCUCAAGGGUGUUGGAUUGAAGCUGGAAGAUGCCCUUGCAUUUUGGAAAGCUGAGUUCUCCCAAAGGGUUGGUUCUGAAAGGUUUGACAAGGAAUAUGCAUACAGCAUUCGUCAUAAUUAUGGAAGAGAAGGGAAGAGAACUGAUUAUACACCUUAUUCUUGUCAAAAGAUCAUCACUUCAGCUCCUGGCGUAGGAGAUCAUCAUGGAUGCCCCUAUCGACAUUUCAGUGAGGAGAAUCUAAAAGCUGCCCUUGGUAAAAUGGGAAUAAGUAACAGGGCAGUUGAAGAUGUAAUGGACAAAGUGCGAAAUAGACAUUAUCAGUUGGCAUGCACCUUGACAUUUGAAGCUGUGCAUGGAACAUCAUGUGAUGCUGGGAUUAAUCAUCCAAAUCAAUAUUUCAGUGACAGUCAAAAGGUCCUGCAAUCAAAGAACCAAUCUACAGUAUAAAGAAUUUUUGGGCGCACUUGCGACCAACAUUGAUGGAGUCCUCCCCAGUUAAAGGGAAUCUAAAAGGGAAACAUUUUCAUCGAAGAGGGGGGGUUUGAGCACGUGUCGCAACUCGAGACCAGUACCUACAAACUAGCCAAUCUAAUUGGUGUGUGUAUUUGAGAUUAAUUAAACCGAUUAGUUGGAAUUUGGAAUGACUGUAGUUAGUUUUAUGUAGAGGUUUACCCAUUAUGUAAUCAGAGAGGCAUUCCUUCAAUUUAGGAAAUAACAUGUUCUCAUUUAAUUUUAAAUUACUACUGUACUAUUACCAAACUGAAUUACAUUUUUAAAAUAAUAUUUAAGAAGAAAACGAAAAGAAAGCGAUGGCAUGCUAUCUAUGAAAGGAAUGCAGCAUUGGUUUA